CACCGACAGUCCUUGGACAAAAUCCGCCGUGUCAUCGUCGAGAUGACCGAAUCCUCCUCGAGAAAGGACUAAAGAGUCGAGAGCUUCUAGGUGCACUGCCCAUUGCUUCACGCUGCCUCGUGUGAUUUCAUACUUGCACAGCAGAGCGACAGCGAGGAUAGCAUCAUCCUGUACCGAGGGGCUCUUUGCAAGGGCCGUCCGAAGUCCGCGCAUUGUGUCGAUGUAAUAGUUGGCUCCCUCCUGCUCUGCGGACCAGCUGUCGUGGGCACGGUUAGCGAAAUGAGUGGCGGAGAGGGCGCAUAGCGCGUUCAUGAGAAGUGGCGAGGAUAGCGCUCGGGGAAUGAGCAACAAUCGCAGGGGAUUCUCGUCAGUCUCUAGGUUUGCCAGCAGCCUUGAACCGUAUUCCAAAUGGUACUGGAGGUAGUGCGUAUUGGAGUUGGAGAGAUGGCUUAUCAGUCUGGAAGGGCUGGGAGGUGCUAUCACGAGGUGGUUGCUCUGGUUCGGUUCUUGACCGCAGUCAAUUGGCUCCCUGGGACUAUCUUGGUCUGAGGGUGGAGAUACCGGUGUGAUAGGUGUUUGCUCUGCAGCGGGAGAUCCAGCAGAGGAGCAACCUGGCGACGUCUGUCCUGGUGAUUCAGUAGAGCUAAAGGACGGUGUGGGAGAUCGACUUGGUGUGCGCUUCUUGGCUGGUUUUGUCUGCUUGAAGACGCGAGCCGUUGGACUGAAAGGUGUUGCCCACAUUGAGCCAUAGCCUUCGCAAGCGAGGCCCAGCCUCAUGCAGCUUUGACAGCUAUUCAAAAGUCAGCCGGUCAUCCUAGAUGCAGGUGUCACCACAACGGAUGUGAUACCUGGGUUUAGCCUCAUCGCAGCGCUUUCUUCGCCUCUUACAGGUCAAACAACCAGAUCGCGUCCAUUUAGCGCCCUCUCGCCUGCAUCGUUUUUUUGCUGGUGGUUGAUCAUCACUUUGCUGCGGGAUAUUGGCGGUUCUAUCGGCGCCAGUCAUUAUUGCGCUGGGACGCUGGUACCAAUCUAUAUAGUUCGGAAGUGAGCCGAUACGCCAACGGAGGGCAAGCGUAUAAGGUAUCAGUAUAUGGACCGAUGUCUCCCCACAAAGAUCAAUUUUGAAGAACAGGUCAUCGCAUCUCAUUUUUCUUUUGAAAUAUCUUUUGCAGCACCGAUCAAGGAUGAGGGGACGACAGACGUGCUAAUCCUGUUUAGGAAAGAGUUACGCUCAUCUACCAAAGAGCAUGUAGCCUUCUGAAUCUCUGACAGGCUUCAGCUACGUUCCAUUGAAGAUGUGCUAGAUCUAAAGACAUAAUUCGAACAUCUCAAUCAUUCAAUCUUGUAAGAAACGUCCAUGUUUGCCCCAGUCCCGUGCGAGUCCCCGAGAAAUAAGCGCUUCAAGCCUCGUGCAGCCAUGUCUUCGUGUCAUGCCUCAUCUUUUGCCGCCAUCGCACCGUUUACACGCGACCCACCUGGGGAACCCAGCUAGCCGUGACCUUCCCGAACAGGUGCUACUAGUAUCAUGUCUACCAAAGAUGACAAUAUUUAAGUCAUCCCCUUUCCACGAUUGAAGCUCUUGGAACUCAAUCUACAUUCACACCUCCGAUACCCUCUAGUUUGGUAUGCAAAGACUAGUUCUUUUGUACCUGAUCUAAACAGGAUAUACAUACUCCUACGACAAAUACCUCCAUCAUAUACGUAGCAACCAUGUCCAUCACCUCACAAGGAUCUUCGCUGGCCAGGUCCAUCAACCCUCACCCGUUUGAUCCUUUGACGCCUCAAGAGAUUCGUCUGGGAUUCCGCAUUCUGCAGUCGGCUUUUCCUGGUGUACAAAUCCGAAUCAACCGAAUAGACCUCCAGGAGCCUAUCAAAAAAGAUGUCAUUCCUUAUAUCGAAGCAGAGCGGCUGAGGAAACCCCUGCCGCCGAAGCCUGCCCGCCUACUAUACGCCUACUUUCAUCGUCUGGAUACUGGUGCAUGUUGCAAAGCUUUGCUUAACGUUGAUAAUGCAUCGGUUGUAUAUGCAAAGGAGCUACCGGCUGGCGUUCAGAUUCCGAUGGAUGUUGAUGAGAUCACCGAAAUUGAGAAGCUCUGCGAUGAGCAUCCGGCUGUGCGAGCAGAAAUUGAGAAACUGAAGCUCCCACCAGGUGUCAGGGUGUGCAAUGACCCUUGGAUGUACGGGGCUGAUAACCCUAAUGAAACACGACGGCUCUUUCAGUGUUUUAUGUACAUCGUGGUCGUGGAUCACCCUGAAAACAACCACUACUCCGCCCCAUGCAAGUUCUCUCCCGUCUUUGACGGCCAUACGCGUGAGCUAGUUCGCAUGGACUACCUCCCUGGCGGUGCGGACAAUCAAACAGUGGAAACGCAGCCCUGGAAGCCUGUUGAUACCAUUCAAUAUGCCCAUGACCUUCUGAAGGAGCCUCUUCGCACUGAUCUUAAGCCCUACAUUGUCCAACAACCGGAAGGAGCCUCUUUCUCGGUGGAAGGUAAUCGGGUUUAUUGGCAGAAGUGGCGAUUUAGGGUCGGGUUCAACAACCGUGAUGGCCUGGUCCUAUAUAACCUUACUUACGACAAUCGAAACGUUUUGUAUCGGCUUUCGGUAUCCGAGAUGACUGUUCCAUACGGAGAUCCCCGAGCUCCCUACCAUCGAAAGCAAGCCUUUGAUGUUGGAGAUGUUGGUUUUGGUCUGAAUGCUAACCAGCUUUCAUUGGGUUGUGACUGUUUAGGGCACAUCAAGUAUUUUGACGGCUACAGAUCAGAUUCCAAGGGCCAACCAGUCCUUCUGAAGAAUAUUAUUUGCAUGCAUGAACAGGAUAAUGGACUCCAACACAAGCACACAAACUACCGGUCUGGGGCCGCUACUGUUGUCCGCAAUCGUCAGCUUGUCCUCCAGAUGAUCUGUACUGUGGCAAACUACGAAUACAUCUUUGCAUAUAUCCUCGACCAGGCAGCGAAUAUCGAACUGGAAAUCCGUGCUACCGGAAUCUUGUCAACAGUCCCCUUCGACAACCAAAAUGGUGAAACCGUUAGAUGGGGAACCAAUGUGGGCCCUGGUGUCAUGGCUCCCUUCCAUCAGCACAUGUUCUCGCUGAGAAUCGACCCUGCGAUUGAUGGCUUCAACAACACCAUCUACUAUCAGGAUAGUGUACCGCUCCCAGAGGACGAAAACAACCCUUACUUCGUUGGAUACACUACAGAAGAGACAGUCAUCGACAAAUCCGGGACUGCUGACACUGAUGUUAGCCGCCACCGUGUGUUCAAGAUUCGAAAUGACAACAUUGUGAACCCAAUCACUUACAAGCCCGUGGCAUACAAGCUCCAAGUUGCCCCAAGCCAGAUGCUGAUCAUGCCCAAGAAGGCAUUGGGAUACCAACGGGCCGAAUUUGCUUCGAAACCAAUCUGGGUAACCAAGUACCAAGACGACGAGCUUUAUGCAGCAGGGGAGUUCACAAACCAGAGCAAGCGCGCACAGGGCGUGGAGACAUGGGUUCAGCGCAAGGACUCGACAGAGAACGAAGAUGUGGUUUUGUGGCAUACAUUUGGUCUCACCCAUAACCCCCGCAUUGAGGAUUUCCCUGUCAUGCCGAUGGAGCGUAUUAGCGUCAUGCUCAAACCCGAUGGCUUCUUCACCAAAAAUCCAGCUCUGGACGUACCGCGGUCGAGUCAGAACUUCAACAAGUCUACUCUGCACCCAGAAUCAUGCUGCGACUCGGUGAAAAGCAAGAUAUAAAGGGGCGGAAGUAGUCCUAUCUUUGACGCCCUGGAUACUAGAUAUCUCCUCAACUUAGCAUAUUUUCUGAAGGCAUUAGAAGUUACCUUAAGAGUCCUGGAUACCCUUGUUCCUUCUGAAACAGGGAAAGUAGUAUAUAGACCUGGAAUCAUCAUACAAGAAGAUAAAGAAAACAUUCAGCGGGAGAGGAGAAUCCCUCUAUUUGAGACGCCUAUUCAUCUUCCGUGUCACCACCAAAUCAUAUCAUGAUACACCCCCUGUGCUUCCCUCAUCCUGACUUUUCACCCGCCCCUAUCUCUCAGCAGGCCAUAUAUACUGAUCCAUAUUGCCUUUUAUCAUCAUACCCAUCCACAGUUGAAUGCCAAAUCUUCAGAAAAUCCAGGCAAGCCCUUGAUUUUCUCUUCUAAGCCUUAGUAAUGUGAGCGCUUGGAACAGAGCCGUUGCCAACAUUCGCGGCAGCGGCUUCUCGGGCGCCGGUGAGACCGUACUGGCUGUUGAUGCCCUCGACACGAUGGGUCGAGUUGAUGUUUUUGACAAGGGUGAUCUGCCAGCAGGUAGCACCACCCUGGCGGGAGGUGAUGGUGGAAUAGGCGAGGAAGUAUUCCCAGAUCUGGAAUUGAAAUCAAG